ACAACCCAUGGUGAAUCCGGAUAGAGUAAAGCCUAAGAAGAAGAGAGGAAAUUAUUUAACGCCAAAAAAAACUCCUACACCUCGCCAUGAAAUUUAUUGUGGGGUAGAUUAUAGAGAUCUCCACAAGGAUGCUAAGAAGAAGAAGGAUAUGAUUCAAGGAAGUAGCUCAACAUGUCCUGAAGCACCUCAAGAGGAAGAUAAUGUUUUACAAGAUCUAGAAAUUGAAGGGGAUCAAUUUGAACUAUCGGUGAUAUCGGGAGGUACAAACUUGUUAUUAGGGAUACACCAAAUCAACAAGAAGAAGAAGAAUUUGUUGUUGAAGGCAAAGGGAAACAAGUUGUUGUUGCUUCACUUGAAGAUACACCUAAACCUCAAGUGAAGGAAAAUAAGUCGAGGAAGAAACCUUCACAAAAAGGCAAGCAUAUUCCUAAAGGAAGUAAUUUGUUGCCUAAGAAGAAGAAUGGUACACUUUGGGGUGAGGCGCCCGAUAAAUCUGCCGUCUUAUUUGGUUAUCCACAUUCAUGGGCUGCUAAGGUUUGCGAAAGCAGGGAUCAUGAAAUUGCGGUAAAGAAAAUGAAACAUCAAAAGGCUGCUCAUUGGCCGUUAGGUGAAGAAUGUGAAGCGGUUCGUGAUCUUGUAUUGGAUUCAGGGUUAGGUCGUGGAAUUCUAUACCAUCAGCAUGAGUUUGAUUCUAUUAUUGCAAGUGCCUUUAGAGAGCGAUAUUGGCUAGAAACCGAUACUUUUCAUCUCCCAUUCGGCGAGAUGACAAUAAAUCCAGAUGAUGUGAAGCAAAUCUUGGACUUAAACAUUGAAGGAAAAGUUGUUUCCGAAGGUUUUGACAACAACAUGAGUUGGACAGAUCUUUAUGCUCUUGUCAAAGACACACUUGGAUGGGAGCCACCUGAGACGGAGAAACAGUUUAAGUGGGCUGGUGGAGAUAAACCAACUGAACCAAGAGAAGGUCCAGUUAUACCUGUCAAAAAGAUACUGUUGAAGAAUAUGAAAGAUAUGUUUGGAGGAACACAUGGCGCUGUAGUAAAACGUAAAGAAGUGAUAAUGAAACGAGAGCUCGUCAUACAACCAACGCGUACCUAUUGCAUGCCCUUGGUACCAUAUUCUUUCCUGAUAACUCGGGGAAUCGAGUUAAUGCUCACUAUCUACAAUGGUUAAAAGAUAUCAAUGGGACCAAAAAGUAUGCUUGGGGCACCGCCACCCUUGCUUAUUUACUUGAUAGUUUUCGAAGAGCUUCGAGGGUUGGAGCAA